AUGUCGACGACAGCACCAAGCGUAGACCCGUCGCUUCAGCAGCAAGCACCACCACCGCCUCCGGCAGCUUCGGGCUCGACAGAUUCGACGGCGCCGGGCGUCAACCUGGAACGCAAAGCACGCAAAGAAGCGCAAAAGGCACUCAAAGCGCAACAAGCUGCCGAGAAGAAAGCCGCUGCCGCUGCCUCUUCCUCUACUGCCUCCAAAUCGCAGCCCUCUUCGAGCAGCAAACCCAAAGCGCCCCCACGCAAACAAUCCAGCGAGGAACAGCUCUCUCGCGCGCUCUCCUACAUCCUUCGACACGGAGCCGAAAAGGAAGGCCUCGAGAUUCGACCCGAUGGCUACAUCUUGCUCUCCGAUGUCCUGGAAAGACCACGAGUCAAAAGCGUCAACAUGGCUGAAGCGCAAGGCGGGAAACGAAGAGCUGGAUUGGAGGACGUCAAGAGUGUUGUGGAGAGCAACGACAAGAAGAGGUUCGAGUUGACUCAGCAGCAAGAUGGUCAGUGGUGGGUGAGGGCGGUUCAGGGUCAUUCCUUGAAGAGCGUUGUUGAACUGGAACACGUCAGGUUGACGGAGGAGAAUUUGGGACUGUUGAAGGUCAGACAACGCGAUGAGGAAGAGGAAGGAGCGGCAGAUGAUCGAGGGCUGGAAGAGGAGGUGGAUGCCAAGAUGGGUGGACUGCAGCUCAAGGAUGAAGGUGGGGACGCCGUGGAAGUGAUCCACGGAACCAAUGCAUCGGCAUGGGAGGAGAUCUUGGCCUCGGGUGGAUUGAAACCCAUGUCGAGGAAUCACAUCCACCUAGCAAAGGGCAAAUUUGGAGACAAAGGCGUCAUUUCGGGUGUGCGCAGAUCCGCGAGUCGCUUGAUAUACAUCGAUAUCAGGAGAGCGAUCAAGGACGGCGUUGAGUUUGACCUCUCUUCCAACGGUGUCGUUCUCACAUCGGGCGACAAGGAAAAGGGGAUUUUGAGUAGCAAGUACUUUACGCGGGUAGAGGAUCAAAAGGGUCAAAUCGUGUGGUCGCAGCCAUCGAAUUGA